AUGCCGAGAGAAGUCUUUGCCAGCUAUCAGAUUAACGUUAGCUGCUUAUCUGUCAUUAGAAGAAUUUUGAAUCUCCUUUUUUCUAGGAAGCCCAUCGAUUAUUUUUCGGAUAUCUCCGACUGGACAACGUCUAAAAGGUAUUACGUCAAGAAUCGAGAUAUCGUCAAGGAAAAUAUUCGAACUAUAAAAUCCAGUCUCCCUCGAGUUCCGGCAGUUCGGAAGGUUCCUCCCUUUUCCUGGCAAUCAGUUCAACAGAAUACAAGCGUUGUUCCAUUACCAAUGAUUACUCCAAGCCGAUCCAGGAGCGUCGACUCAAAUGUAGCUGAUGAUUGCAGUCAGUUCCGUGCGCUUUUCUCUCGUGGAGAUCUCCAUGUGAGAAUUGUCCAUUCUGGAGGACCUGGAGAAAAACCAAGAGAGCUGCGAUGGGCAAAGGAUCCAUCCCAGAUGAAGAACGAAACCGUUUGCAAUUUACUCGCAAAGUUCGCUACUGGAAUGUCUUUGUUAGAUCAUCCAUAUCGAUUCGUGGCUGAAACUGGGAUCACCGAUCUUCUGAUUGCUCUUCGUAAUCAUCAAAGUAUCGUUAUCGUAUUACCACAACUCGUUCGAGGAAUUCGAUCCGGUCUCUAUUCUUUUGACGUCGAGAAAAAGAAAUUUUGCCUGAAAACUCUGUCAAGAAUCACUUCAAUGCAAGGAAUUGGAGCUCAACUGGUUCCGUUUUAUCGACAACUCCUCCCCCCACUCAGAACGGUUCGUCAAUCUCGAAGUAGAUCAGAUCGUGUUCAUUAUGACAAAGGAAGACAAAUUGAGGAAAUUAUUACAUCAACUUUGAACGAUUUGGAGAGAACGGGCGGUCCAAAUGCGCUGAUCAACAUCAAAUAUCUCAUUCCUCACUAUGAAUCAUGUCAGUAUGUUUGA